AUGCUUUGCUCCGUUAAGGCCGAGGCUGUGGCAGCCAGCGAGGGAGAUGUGACAACGACUGUUACUGAUCGGAAAUGGAAGACGUACGGAUCAGCAGAGGCAACAGAGCAGCGGAGGGGGCGUCGAGCGGGAUGUUUGGUCGGGGGCAGGCCGGCAAGGCGACUUGGCGGUGGCAGAGCCAUUCGCGCCUGCCGCGAGCUUAAAAGACGGGGGAAGAGAGAGAGAGAGGGAGAGAGAUUCGGAGGUGGAGAGAUCGUGAGAGCAGCCGAGGGAGAGAGUUUGAUAGCGAGGAGUCCUCCAGCAGUCCGGCCACGCCUGACCCCGUCUAACGACUCCCGACCGCGCUCUCGAACCCGCGGCUCCCAUUCCCCGCGCCAACUCUCCGAUGGGAAGGGAUUGAAAAUAACAUCUCAGUUUCCAGGACCCACACCACCCAUAAGUGUUGCCAUUGUUCUGUCUUGUCUUCUUCGUCCGAUGGUCACUUGCAAUUAUUGGUCUGGACAAGGUGGACGAACCCAAGAAAAGAAGAAGAAGAAGAAAGAAUUGACUCAUGUGGAUCAUCCUAUGGGGGCAACAGAAAAGAUAUGUUCUCUUGGAACAAGUGCGUGGUUAACUUUGCUGGUGCUCCGUUUGAUUAUUCUUGCUCCGUUUCGAUUUGUUCUGUCAUGAACACUAUAUACUUAUGUAUCCUUUUAAGUAAUGAAUACAAUUUUCUUUUGAAUUAAAAUAAAAAGAAGUCAUGUUGUGAUAAAUCACCAAGAUGAGCCAUGUUGUAAUAAAUGUUUUAAGAUGAGUCAUGAUGUUGUAAUAAGUGUCAAGAGUCCUCGUGUUGUAUUAAUUGUAAGUCAUAGGCGUGAAUCGCAUGUUUACAAAAUGCACUGGUUUUUGUCUGUCUUUCAA